AUGUUGAUUUCCAAAGAUCUUCAACAAACAAAGAGAAUGUGCACUGCCAACUUGAUAGUGACUAACAAUGAAGGCCAACAGUUUCCUGCUUGCCGCUUGAACAAAUCUCGAGCAUCCGAGAAAGGAAAUUCUGGAAUGGUCAAUGGACUUCAUAGCCUACAGGGUUUAUCUCUAUUGAAAGUUGGUGGGAAAAUGAUAUACUCAACCUGCUCAAUGAACCCAGUUGAGGAUGAAGCUAUUGUCGCUGAGGUCCUGGUUCUGAACAGCAACAUGGUUUUGAGCCAUAAUACUCCAAACCAAACCAUUUCUUGUUUAUUUCCUUUCUAG